AUGGCUCAGAACUGGACUCUGCGGGAGAUCGCCUGUGCUGCGGGGCUGCUCGUGCUCUCUGCUGGUGCGGGUUACUGCGUUUACCGCCGCUUACGGAGAGGAAGCGUUCCUCCUGAACACACUCAGCCUCCUCAAGAGCCCGAGAAUGUGCUGGGAGACACUGAAGAUACUCCCUCUGUCCUCCAGUCAGUGGACAUUAGGAGAUACUUCCUCGACAUGAUAAGGGGUCCAGAGCAUUGGUUCUGCUGGUUUAAAACCACCCAAACCUGCUACUUGGAUCAGGAGGGAUUCUCUUAUCAUGUCAACACCGAGGAUUGUUUCACUGGCAUACAGUGUGUAUCUGGGAGGGUUACAGAAUUCAUUUCCUGUCACCGCAUGGAGACUGUCACCUUGCCACUUGAGGACUAUGUGCAACCCUUGAAAAAGGUGACCUGCACAUACCUGUUUGUGGGAGCAGAUGGUCAGAGUGAUGCAGAGAGUGAAUCGGACUCUGAGGAGAAAGAGGAGAGCCCUAACUUUUUGGAGUUGGAGGUGCCCUUUAUUAGCUCCCAUCUUUUAGAGAGAGGGGUUACUGAUAUCGGCCUGAAGCUGUGUGCUCUCCGUGAGGCGUUCUCUACUCUGCUCGCCAGCAUCCAAAACCUGAACUUCCUGUUUGUGGUGGGAAAGAAGAUCGUGAUGCGUCUGGCAGCAGCUAACAAGCAGGAUGUGGUUGGUGGGCAGCUGGCCUAUGCGUCACUGAUUCAAUUCCUGAAAAGUCCAUCUAAUCAGGAAUCAAUUGUGACGGAGCUCUUUGAGGCCCAGCUCCACCAUUACAACUUCGUGGACGUGUUUUAUGAGCUGCUUCUCUUCGGCUACGUCAUGAACGACUCAGCUCCUGAGGCAUGUGAGGGAGGAUUCUUGGAGAGCCUGUAUGCGUUUAUCAGCAUGUGGAAUCCGGACGUGUGGGAGCCUGCGGCAGAGCUGUACUUCACAAUGCUUAUUGAUCAGCUGACAGUGCAUUGUGAAGUAUUGUUUUCUCAGCCCCUGGAGCUCUACAGCGACCCAGCAGCAUUAGCCGUUUCGCAGCUCCUCUGGCAGCAUGUCCCACUGAUGAUGGACACAUUGGAGAAGCUCUGAGCAAUGUCCUUCUGUCUACCCUCUACCUGAUCAAACACUUUCUUGCUAUAAUUAGACCUCUAGAAUUAAUCUUUUCUUCCUCUGUUGCACUUCAUAUUUGUUCUUUUCCAUCACUGCUUUUCCCUUCAUUGCUCAAGCUCUCCACCAGUAAGUAUAAAUUAAUUUUGUUCUUUUUGAUUAACUCAAUAUUUAAAAAAAAAAUCUCUUCUUCAUUAACAGGUCUGCACAGAGAACCCAGGACUGAAGACCAGUGUAUCAUCCCUCGGCACUCUAUCCCUCAGCACUCUAUCCCUCAGCGCUCUAUCCCUAUACCAUCACUCUAUUCCUUUUAGUAGCCUAAGGAUCUUGUAUAGAUGACUGCUGUAAAUAAAAUAGUUUGUAAAUAGUUGUUAUAUAUUGUGUAUAUAUAUAUUUUUGUUUAUAUAGUUUGCUUAAUUGAUAAAAGUUUUCAUCUGCUCCUA